AUGUGUCUUUCGCACACAGUAUUACAAGAAAUAUGGGCCAAAAGAAAAGGUGGUGUAGUGUGCAGUAAAAUUGGCCCAUACAAAGUCUUCACAUGGGAUGUAGAUCGCCUCAGACCUGGUGAAAUGCUUGAAAGUGAAGUAAUCAAUGCAUAUCUGAGUUUGCUGACCAAGAACUAUGCAGGCAAGGCAUAUGUCAUUGAUUCCUUUCAGGCGACAAACAUCUGGAAGGGCAACGGCAGUUCUAUGAAGAGGCUGGAUCCAGAUGAAUUUGAUGUCAUGAUUGGGUCCAUUAAUGAGAACCACCACUGGACACUUCUGGUGAUUUAUCCGAAGGAAUGGCGUAUAUUAUACAUAAACUCAUUUGGGGAAAGCCGAAGUAAAUUACUUCAGUGCGAAAAGGCUAUAAGCAAAUUUAUGGACACAAGGGGAAAGGUUGGGAAGUGGAAAUGUUCCACUGUACCGCACUGCUUCCAACAGGAUGGCAAUUCAUGUGGGGUAUUUGUCUGUAAAUUUGCAGAAGCUAUUCUCACAGGUGGCAGUUUGCAGUUUGCAAGCACAGCAGACAACAUUGCUUUGCUACGCCAACAAAUAGGCCUCUGUCUGCUUCAAGGAAGUGAUGACCUGUCAGAAUUAUGUUUGACAUGUGGAGACCAACAUUCUUUCACAGAGGACAUUGAGGACUGUUGGAUUCAGUGUGACUGUUGCAGUGGAUGGUUCCACUGGGAAUGUGUAAACCAACCCAGUCUUUCUGAAAUAUUUAUUUGUCACGGAUGCAGAUUUUGAUUUUGGUUUAAUGGUUUUGUGUUACUAGAGUCAUUUUUGUUUGGCAUUGAUGGCAAUUUUGAAAUUACUUGAAGCUUUAUUUUGUAAUAUGGAUGUGUGAUUGUAUUUAAUCAAUAAAUACAAGAAGUUCA